GCCGCACCCUCUCCGGAGCCUCCCGCCUCCACCCGGCUCCCAAACUCCAGGUGUUUACAGCUCGGUCCUCCCGCUGACCCCCUCGGCCGCGGUGGCAGUGAGCCGACUUUUUCUGCUAUUCUGAAGACAGAAGGAGUUAAUGCGUAUCUUGCUUUCUCUCCAGAGCACAUCACUUGAAGGAUUUUUAUAAUGGCUGCAGCUCCUCAGGCACCAGGGAGGGGCUCGGUUCGGAAGACAAGACCUUUAACUGUAAAGACAUCAUUGAACAACCCGUAUACUAUCUGCUGGAGUGCUCUGGAGAGAGAGGAUUUGCAUUUCAUCUUACAGACACUUGAAGACAGAUUUAAAUCAAUUGGACUUGAGAAAAUUGAGAAUAAGAAAAGAAGUAAAAAGCAGUUUUUUAAAAAACAAGGCAGAGACAAAUGUAGCAUAGAUGUUCAUAUGAGUGAGGAUCUGAAGGAGAAAAAAACAGAAGAUAAUGAACAAGUAUCAGGGUGGACUUCUGUCCAGGUGAGGAAGCAGCUUGCCAUUGGCGUUAAUGAAGUCACCAGGGCUCUGGAAAGGAACGAACUGCUUUUGGUUUUAGUGUGUAAGUCAGUCAAGCCUGCGAUCAUCACCUCACACCUGAUUCAGUUAAGUUUAAGCAGAACGGUCCCUGCUUGUCAGGUUCCCCGUCUCAGUGAGAGAAUUGCGCCUGUCAUUGGCUUAAAAUGUGUCCUAGCUUUGGGAUUCAAAAAGAACACCACUGACUUUGUCAAUGAAGUGAAAGCUAUAAUCCCCAGAGUACCCAAUUUAACUGUACCAUGGCUUCAAGACAGACUUGACUCCAGGGAAAAUUCAGAGUCCGAAUCUUUGGAAAGCCAAGACAGAGAGGUUUGGGACACUUCCUUUGAAGACCUCUCUAAACAGAAGAGAAAGCUCACUGAAGGUCAGCAGGCUGUAGUGCUACAACCCCUUAAAAUAAAGAAACUGAUUCCAAACCCUAAUAAAAAAAGGAAACCACCCAAAAGUAAAAAAAUUACUUCAAAGUAAUCAUGUAUAAACUUGUCACUACAUACAAUUGGAAAAUGACUCCUUGUAAAAAACCUUGAAGCUAAUAAACUGAAUUACUUUUACAUAGA